AAUGCAGGCGAUGCGCGCGUUGUUCCGCCGCGUAAUCGAACAGGCUCGAUUACGAUUACGGGAUAGACUGACAAAGAAGCCUAAACUGAUGGAUCCAAUAGUGAUGGGCCGGGUCAGGCCCAGCCCAUCAUCUCAAAGGGCAAGCCAGGAAUGGAGAGGGAAAACACCACGACACCUCCAGAAGCCGUUAGAACACAAAAAGGAUUUCGGAAGGGGGGGAAAAAAAAAAAAAAAAGUCCGUACUUACGUACUCACCCUGAUUGAUCAGAACCAUAGAAGGGUUCCAUAACUGCUGGCUUACGAAGCUCCGCUGCGGAGAGGGAGAGAUGACGGCGGAGCUGUCGUCGUCGAGAAUGAUCAGGCUGCACUGCCCGACGCUGUCGAAGACGGUGCCCUUAGAGGCGAGGGAGGAGCAGAAGCUGGACCUCGGCUCUAUAGCCCGGGCGUUUGGGCUGGAGCCGUCAAGCGUGAGGCUGAACGGCCACUUCAUCAGCAGAGGCAUCGACCUGAUAUCGUCCUCCGUGACUUGGAGGUCGCUGCUCCGUUUCUUCUCCUCCAAGGGGCUCUCCACCGGGAAGGACGGCGGAGCGCCGCUUAUCGUCGACGGGAAGCUCUUGAAGGUCGGAAACAAAAGAACUCAAGAUCGAGAGGGCUCGUCUGCAAACGGUAUUGGAAGACGGCACCUUGAAGAAGAAGACAUCAUCAAACUCCCUCAUUCCAAGAAGCUGAAGGAUCAAGGACAAGGAUCUGGAUAUGGGAGUCUUCUAGGGUUCAAGAGAAAGCAUUUACUGGAGGAGGUAAAAGCAGAACUAUCCAAGAAGGUGAAGAUAAAUGACAGCCCUUCAGUUUUGGAUGGUCGAAUCCACACAAUCCCGAGCAGGCAGCAGUCAUGUGGAUACAUGAGCCAGAAUACCAAGAGGCAAAGAGAAGAUGAUGCAAUUGCAGCUUCCCCGGUUAAGAGGGUCAGAUGAGGUUUUCUUUUUCUUCUUUUUUCUUUUGCUUGUUUGUAUAGCUGGACCUCGAUCGUGUAAAUGAUUAGAGAUGAGAAUGAAAAUGAUUGCUUGCGGAUAAUGAUAUCGAUGUUCUUCCUUUUGAAACCAAAGCAAACAGAUCUUUCUGCAGCUGUAGAGCAAUCAGAAGCAGUUUGAAAGGCAGAUGGAACAAGAACUGCAGAUCAUGACAGUGGGAAAAAUUCGUGUCAGAUUCAAUAGCUUGAGAAUGUGCAAAACUGGGAUACAAAGCUUGAGUUUUUGCAGAAUAGAAAAGUUAAUAGUUCUGUAAAUCUACAGUCAGACUGCAAUAUAUGGAACAUUUGUUACAUCGAA